CGCCCUCUCGCCUGUAGAUGGUGCUGCCAGCUUGGGCUUCCUUCACGGGAGCCGAAGUCCCACUGAACUCGGCUAGGCUCGACCUACAUUGCAUUCUGGCGUCAUCGCCCUCCGCCCCUCCUUCUCUUCUCGGCUUGGCUUGAUUCGGCUCGGCACCGCCCACUGAGACCAAACUUGACGCCGCCCUCUGCCGCACCGUCGCCGCUGCUUCCCUCCUCGCAGUGUUGCACAACACCUGGCCUCCGGGGCGACCGAGGCAGCUAUGCUGGGCAAGGACUACAUGCUGGCCAUCAUCCUGGUCAACUGCGAUGAUAACCUGUGGAAUGACCAAAAUAUAGAAGGAGAGCUCGAUCUUCCUUCAGGAUGGAGGAAAAUCCAUGACUCUUCUGGUUCUUACUACUGGCAUGUGCCCACAGGAACCACUCAGUGGCAACACCCUUCUCGUACUUCUAGUCUGGGUCAUGCUGGGGAAGCUGCAUUUCCAGAAACGGGCCUUCAAUCUGCUGGGGUUAGUUGUGUGGCAACAGAGGGACUGAUCCCAAGUCCAGUGACUUCAUUCUCCAAGAGGACAUCACUGGCCUGGCAUGAGGAGGAUCUUCAUCGGGGCAACCCAGAACCUGUCUCCAAGUGUUUCGUUGUGCGCUCCUUAGGAUGGGUUGAGAUUCCUGAGGAGGACUUGGCACCAGGCAAAAGCAGUAUCGCAGUAAAUAAUUGCAUCCAACAACUUUCCCAAAGCAAUGGUGACAGUUUUGGCCCUGCUGAUAGAUGGGGUGAGGGUCAAAACAUGAUGAUGAUUCUCCAGGAGGACACAAUGAACUUGGUGGAUCCUUUGGAUCACAGCCUCAUUCAUUGCCAGCCCAUCAUCAAUAUUCGUGUUUGGGGUGUGGGCUGCAACAAAGGCAGGGACAGGGAUUUUGCUUUCGUGGCCAGUGACAAGGACACGUGUGUGCUGAAGUGCCAUGUCUUCCAUUGCAAUGUGCCUGGCAAGGCUAUUGCCAAAGCUCUGCAUGAAAUGUGCUCCAAGAUUAUGGCUGAGCAAGCAGUGGCAAGUAACAGCCUCUCUCGAUCCAUCACCCUUGAAUCUGUGUCUCCAAAUGACAUAUCUCUGCAAGCUGAUAUAUUUGAUGCUGUGAGAAAAUCUGUUCAGAAAUACAAAGCUUUCUAUAUCGGCAGCUUACCAGUAUCCAAAUCUAUGGGGAUGGAUGUGCUAAAUAAUGCCAUUGAAACUCUGAUGGGCAGCUGUAACCGUGAGCAGUGGAUUCAAGCUGUGGUUAGUGUUUCAGACUCAGUGAUGCAAGCAGAUCAGACUGAAGCUGAAGAGGAAAAAGAUCCCUGCAUUUGGGAAUGCCAAGUACGCUACGUGACUUUUAUUGGGAUUGGGAGAGAUGCCCACACAUUUGGACUUAUUGCUGACAUGGGGAAACAACAUUUCCAGUGCACAGCUUUUUGGUGUGAACCAGAUGCUGGAACCAUUUCAGAAGCAGUACAGGCUGCAUGUAUGGUCCAGUAUCAAAAGUGCUUAGUGGCAUCACAAAUGAGAAGAAAAAGUAAUUCACACUCCAUUAUGAAGCUGAAAAGGACAAUGUCGCUCGAUUCACCCGUUUGUUCAUUUCCCAUCACAGGACCCUCCUUGCAGAAAACAAGCAGUGGGGCCACAACAUGCAAGAGGGGAAUGUUUUCUUUCUUUGAAACCUUCCGCCAAAAACAUUCCACGCUACACACUUCCUAAGAUGAAAACAAAGUUUGGUGGUCCCAGAUGACCCUUAAUGGCACUGCCCUCUGAUGUCCAGGCUAAGAAUGUAACUAGCAUAAUUUUGUUUGUGAACCUCCUUCACUGAAGUGAAAAAACCAAUACAGCCAAAACAAAACUGGAUCCUAAAGAAGGAUCCUGACAGAUUCUGGACAUGCUAUGCAUAUUUCUUCCAGUUCUUUGCUACAUAGAAAUUCUGAGGGAGAG